AUGUCUGGUUACCGGCUAAUGAACAUCUUUGUCGGUAUUGGUUUCAAAUGAUGUGUAGGGGCGGAAAACAAGUUAUGAUUUAGUGAGUGGUAAUAAAAUCAUAAUAUAGUCAAUAAACUAAUCUGUAACUCACAACUGCAUGAAUUAAGGCACUUAUCGAGAAAAACGUGCUGUGGUGAUUUACACAGUCAUGUUUCGAGACAGAAGAUUGACAAAUGGACCAGCAGGAAGAGGCAGAGGGGUGUUUCGACCUUCAGGCUUAAAACCCCGAGGCGCAAGAGGUGGCGGACACUUGUCUUCAGGAAGAGUAGUGAAGAAGGCCCAAGCGGCGAGAGCUGUAUCACCUCGGAAGAAAUUAGAAUCUCUCAAACUGAAACUAGCUGCUAAAGGAAUACAAUACGAUGCAAGUUAUAUUCAGAGACAAAGACAAAAGCAGCUACGGAAAGAUGAGAAUUCGUCAGCUGAUGCAGAAGAUGGGGCGUUGUACAAACAGAAGAUGUCAGUAAUGCCAGAUCCUGAGCGUAAGUGUACUGAAAAUGAAAUGGAGAAAAUCCAAGAUGCACUUAUAGAGGCUCUCGAACCUCUAGAGGAUGGCUAUUUUCCACGGUUUUACGGUACGUACACGGUGAAGGGUGUGCUAGUCAUGUCGUGUGCCAACGAACAGACAAAACGGUGGCUGGAGAGGAUUGUACCCCAGUUGGAGCCGUGGGAGAGCGGAAAGCUCUGCGUAAAGCCUAGAGGAGAGGUCUCACAGGGGACGAAGGUGCUACUCAAGACACCAAAGUUGUUUGCCAAGACUGACCCCAAAAAGAUCUUGCAGAUGCUCAGCACUCAAAACAAGACCCUCGAGACCAACAUGUGGAAGAACGUCAGUGCGAAAUCGGAAGAUUCGGGCCAGACUCUGGUCUACGUAAUCGACAACCGGAGUCUCGAUGCCAUCCGGGCCUUGAACAAUAAAGUGUACCUCGGAUUAGGCAAUGUCGAGUUAGUUAUCUUAAAUGAUGAGGAGGAUAGCAAGCAGGCCUCUGCAGAUACAGAAAUCGAAAAUGAGGAAGAUGACAAGCAGACCUCUGCCGAUAAAGAGAUGAAAGAUCAGGAGGAUGACAAGCAGACCUCUGCCGAUACAGAGAUGAAAGAUCAGGAGGAUGACAAGCAGACCUCUGCCGAUACAGAGAUGAAAGAUCAGGAGGAUGACAAGCAGACCUCUGCCGAUACAGAGAUGAAAGAUCAGGAGGAUGACGAGCAGCCCUGCGUAGACACAGAAAUGAUUAAUGAGGAGGAGAAUGAUGAGCAGACCACUGCAGAUACAGAAAUGAAAAAUGUGGAGGAGAAUGACGAACAGACCACUACAGAUACAGAAAUGAAAAAUCAGGAGACGUCUGUAGGUACAGAAAUAAGAAAUGUGGACAGUGCUGACAAGCAAACCUCGUAGUUACAGGUGUUGCUCACACAGAAAGAAGUGAAGUUCAUACAUAAGGAAGAGAUGCAGUGUGUGUGUGUGUGUGUGUGUGUGUGUGUGUGUGUGUGUGUGUGUGUGUGUUGGGGGGGGGGGGGGGGGGCACAGGCGCAUGUGCUUAAAAUUUCUGUGGGUAUGACUCAUGCUACUUCCCAUCAUAGUACAACCUUGUUUAUUUGGGUGUGUGACCAGAGGAAAACUUAAAAAACAAGAGAAGGUGGUAAUAUGAAUCAUAAUGUUGCGGACCUCAGGCCGAAAACUUUGACACUGCUCUUACUGUUGCUGUUCUUUUUUUUAUGACUGGACUGCAUUUGAGCCUACAUAUUGAUGUCAAAACUGUCUCUCUCUAUACAGUUUUUCUCUCACACACUUUUAUUGAUUACCAAUUUAACAUUUCUGAUGCCUCAGGAUGUGUCCUGUCGGCUGAUCCCUUCCUUUAGUCAAGUUGUGCCAUAAGUUUUUGUUGUACCUGUUUCAGUUGAUUACUACUUCAUUAAUUAUAUGAGUGACUAUCUCAUCAUUAGUUAUCCGAUCUGCCCAUCACUCUUGAACAUUCUUCUGUAACAUUUUUUGUAACAUGUUUCACUUUUGUACAAGGCUAUUCUUCACACUGCACACAUUAAAUUUAUAUUAAAUGUUUCUCAGGGAAUGUUUUCUUGCUAUGUCAGUCAUUUGUCAUUUAUUUCAUAAGCCAGACAGCAAAACUUGCCAACUUUUUUACCAUUUUAUUUCCAAGUCUAACUCUCCCUGCAUCACCUAAUUUAAAUAGAAUGCAUUCCCUUAUUAUUUUUCUUUUAUUUGUGUUCAUCUUACACUAUCUAUCAAAGGUAGUAUCCAUUUCAAGGCUUACCAUUGGGAAAACAUAUGCUUCUUUCUUAUUUAAAAUUAUUUAGGUAACAAAAUUUACAGUUCGUUGAAAAGCAAAUACUACUCUCUUAGUGGUACUUUCAAUUGACUUGUUGAGCUGCAGUGGAGUACUGUGGAACGCAAUGUGUGCUACCUCCCUUACCCCCUGCUACAUCUUCUUUAUCUGUCGCAGUACCACAGGUACCGACUGAUGUUUCCCAUAUCUACAUCAGAGCAUCUUUAUUUGUCCAUAGAUUUAUAGAAAAUUACUUCAACCUUUUCAGACAAAUUUACUGAAAAUUGUAUGCUCACCACUGUAUUUAAAGGUUGUUUAAUGUAGGAAAUGAAAGUAAAAUUUUCAUCAAGAUCUAAUAGGGGUAAAUGAGAGCUAUAGAAACAAGGUUGUACCACAGCAGCAACAUGAGGUAUUUUAAUGUAGCCUUUGCAAGACAGAUAUGCACAAUUCUCGAUAUUUCCUCCUUAAUAAAGACUUUUUAAAGUUCCUGUAUGUUAUACCUUUCCUAAAAAAAAAAUAA